GGUUCGGUUCGGUGCUGCUGUGUAUUAAGCAGUGCACAGGAUUAGCUUGCUGUCACCCAUUUCUUGUUUUAUUUAUUUUUUUUUCAUUUUACUUUCUUUUCCUUGCAUGUUUUAGCUCAGGGCUGUGCUUUGCUCGCCUUCAAGAGAAGGAUAAAAAAAAAGACAAAGCCGUGCAGAAAAAGCAAUCUUAUGCAACACAAAAAUUGGCUUCGGGGGCUGCAGCGUCAGCAGUGAAUACGGAGUAACCAAUAAAGCGCUGGCUAUUAAAGAACAGCACAGUCAUGAAAAGGAGCUCAGCUGAUACUUCAACCCGCAGCACAGCAGGUUGUUUGCCUGUGCCUCUCUUCAAUCAGAAAAAGAGAACCAGGCAGCCCCUCACUUCAAAUCCUCUUAAGAACGAGCCAGGUUCCAGUUCUGCGACUCAUGACUUUUCUUCCACACCACUGGAAUCAGGCUGGGGAGCUACAAACACAGAAGUCAAUGAACUACAGAAAGCAGCAAACGAUGGCAGAGCAGAUGACCACAUGGCUCCUUCCCUUAAGAAACCAGCAAAUGCACCAAAGUCUAAUUUAGUCAAAGCUGGAACAAACACGUUUACCUACAGGGCAGAAGAGAAGACUCCCAGUACUAAAAUUUGGAACAGAAAUGAGCGUACCCCUGCAAGUAACAGAGCAGGUUCAAUAUCUGAUAGUGGAACUACUCAAAAGUUUGAGAGCCGCUCAAAUAAUUGGAAACCUCGUCAGCAGCAGAAAAUACCCAAUAGCUCUAAUUCAUCUCAGCAUAUCAAAGUGACAGAAAGUAGCCAAACACGUUCCACUAAAGGACAGUGGCCAGUGAAACCUAAUGCUACAUCAGGAAAUCGGCAGGAUUAUGGCCUGGCAUAUAAAUUUAACUGCAAUAGUCAGCAAAAUAGCAUGAAUGAAAAGCAAUUUGAUUGUGUUCCAGAAGACAAAAGUCAGGAUAUUUCUUCAUUUCAAUUGAAACUUAAAGAAAAAAGGAAUUCUUUGAGAAUCAUAUCUGCAGUCAUUGAAAGUAUGAAGCAUUGGAGCCAAUAUUCUUACAAAACUGCGCUGUUAUUUGAAGUUCUAGGCACGCUUGAUUCUGCUGUCACAUCUGGAGGAUACAGAGCCAAGAAUUUUCUUUUGAGAGAUGGAGAGGAGAGCCUGCCUUGUGUUUUUUAUGAAAUUGAUCGUGAGCUUCCAAGACUAAUUAGAGGUCGCGUGCUCAGAUGCAUGGGAAACUAUGACGCAAAAAGGAAUAUUUUCAAGUGCGUCUCUGUAAGACCAGCGACUAUUCCUGAACAAAACACUUUCCAAGAAUUUGUUAAAAUUGCAGAUGCUGAGAUGACAGCCUAUGUAAAAACAAUGAAUGAAAUCUGAAUGUGAAGGUUGUAUAAAAUUCAUUUACCCAAACCAGUGCUGAAUAUGUGGUCACAUAAUUGAAAACAGUACUCUGUUAUUUUGUUUCCACCAUCACUUUCAUAGUUUAUUUUCUCUGGCUAUCUGUGCCAUAACAGCUUUUGUUGCGUAGUUCAUUAGAUUUAAUGGAGAAAUUCUGAAUUAAAAUGUUGAAGUUGUUUAUAUGUACAUAACUUAUUUAUAUGAAUUGUUCCUGCUUAACUAGAGUGAGCCAAAUUCUAUUUUUUUGGAAAGGAAUAGACUGUUUAAUUAAUUUUAUUUAAAAGCAAACAAAAAUCCAUGGAGCUUUUCUGCUGUGAAAGCUGCAGGGAGUACCCCUCAUAUCUCUUUCGUCUGUGUAUGCAUCAUUAAAAGCAGACCAGGUUGAUUUGUGGCCUACUAUCUCCCCCAGUCAGUGAAGAAAAGACUUGAUAGUAAAACUUUCUCCUCACGCCCCAGUGAAAGAAAUGAGGCAGAGUCACAGGUGGUUAACGAGAAUGAAAAUGGUAUCUCCUUUUUCAAGAUGGCCUAAGCCUGCAGGAGUUCUCCAAAAUGUUUUGAGCAUUUCUAAGGGGAUCAAACACGCGCUUCUCUUAUCUUCUCAAGUAAAUUAUACUUGAAGUAUACAUGUACUACCUACUAUAUAUAUUAUUGAAUAGUAAUAUACAUAAUAUAAAUUAUAUUGUACCUUCUGGUGUGGUUGGUAUUUGUUUGUUUGUUGGUAUAGAAACAAGCAGUCAGCCUGGACUUUUACAAACAAUUUGCUGAGAGUGAACGUUUUAUUUCUAACGUCUGUAAUACUUGGCCACACAAACUUGACUCUGACAGUAGUUCAAGUGUCAGAAAAAAGAUAUUGUCCGUACUAAUUCACACUGCCAUUGCUUCUUAUCUUCAGUUAUUAGAAAUACCUUUGGUACCUGUUUCAGAUUGUUGACUGUGGUUGAGUGUAUGGUCAAAGUUUAGUAGCUAACAAACAUCAACAAAGAUUUUUUCUGUGUAAUUUCAUUAAAAUUGCUCUUUGGUAGAAAGCAA